UCCCGCCGCUCCUCGCGCUGCUGGAGCCGCCUCAGUGCGGGCGGCGCGGGCGGACCCGCUGGAUCAUGGCUGAGCAGCGGCAGGAUAAGGGGGCGCUGAUAAGCGAGACCCGGCGGCGUUUCGAGGCGGAGUACCUGCCAGAUAAAUCAGAUAAAUAUGAUUCUAGAGAUGUGGAGAGACUUCAGCAAGAUGAUAAAUGGGUUGAGAACUACUUGAUUUGGCGCCAUGAUGUUGUGGAUGAUACGUUAAAGAUGAUUGAUGAAAGCUUUCAGUGGAGGAAAGAAUACACAGUUAAUGACUUAUCAGAAUCUGUCCUUCCAAAAUGGUUAUUUGAAAUUGGUGCUCUCUUUCUGCAUGGAUAUGAUAAAGAGGGCUAUAAGUUAUUUUGGUUCAAAGUGAAGCAUCAUACAAGAUAUCCUAAACAACAACUUGACAAAAAGAAACUGGUGGCUUUUUGGUUAGAACACUAUGCCAAGAGAGAUCAUGGAAAGCCCUUGACAGUGGUAUUUGAUAUGGCUGAAACUGGAAUCAGUCACAUAGACUUGGAUUUUGUCCGGUUUAUUGUCAAUUGUUUUACAGAUUAUUACCCAAACUUCCUCACAAAGAUAGUAAUAUUUGAAAUGCCAUGGAUAAUGAAUGCCGCUUUUAAAAUCGUGAAGGGUUGGCUUGGCCCAGAAGCAAUAAGCAUGUUAAAGUUCACAAACAAGAAUGAUGUGCAGGAAUACAUCAGUGCAGAGUAUCUGCCACCUCACAUGGGUGGAACUGAUUCUUUCAAGUACAGUUAUCCUCCUUUGGUUGAUGAUGAUUUUCAAACUCCUUUAUGUGAAAAUGGGCCCAUUACAAGUGAAGAUGAGCAUGAAAGUAAAGAAGAGAUAGAUGCAGACACCAAGGAGACUGGGGAGCUGAAUGAAGCACAAAACCUUAAUCAGAAAAAGAUGAAUUCUAUAGAACAAAUUUCCAAAUCAGAGGAAACUGACAAAACAGAGGUCAAACAAAAAAAUGCAAAGAAAGCAUUAACUACUUUUAAAGGACCUUUAUUACAUAUCAGCCCAGCAGAAGAACUGUUUUUUGGAUCCAAAGAAACUGGAGAGAAAAAAUGUUUGAUAGUUCUCACAAACGUCACUAAAAAUGUAGUGGCUUUUAAAGUGAGAACAACUGCACCAGAAAAAUACAGGGUUAAACCCAGUAACAGCAGCUGUGAACCUGGCACAUCAUUAGAUAUAAUAGUUUCUCUUCAUGGUGGUUUUGCAGCUUCUUUGCAGGAUCGUUUCCUUAUAAUGGCAGCAGAAAUGGACCAGUCCUCUGGAGCAGGUGUGCCAGAACUGACUCAGUUUUGGAAAGAAGUCCCUAGGACCAAAGUCAUGGAACAUAGGCUCAGGUGUCAUGUCAUAGAAAGUAGUAAGCCCUCUUCUCUGACAUUAAAAGACAAUGCAUUUAAUAUUCCAGCAAAAACUAAUGAAGAUUUACAUAUACAGCUAACUCAUUUACUGCAGAUUAAUAAAAGACUUGAGGAGCAGAUGAAUCGCUGCCUCUGGUUCCAGCAGCUGUCAGUUGUUUUAUCACUGCUAUCAGUUACUGUUGCUGCCUUCUGUUUCUACCUGGCGUGUGCCCAGAGAAGCUAAAAAGAAUUGCUGUGCCCUGGAUGUGCUGCUGCCUGUCAUGGCUCUUUGGAGUCAAAAAGAUUGCAGUGCUGCACUUGGAUUCUGGAACUGCCAAAAUUGAGGUUUGUGAGCCUACAGCAAUGAACAAGGAACAGUUUACUGGGGAAAAAAAGAUAGAAGAAAUGAAUGACCAGCAAACAAAAUUACUGAAAUUAUUGUCUAAGUUGACAAUUACAAUAGGGCAUGAGGAAGAUGUUAAAGUUAGGACCUAUUUUCAUUGUACAACUCAAUAAAAACUACUGAAUGGAAGGAGGAAACCAAAUACAACAUUAUUUAAGACUGUUGUGCUUUUUUUUUUUCUUCUAUUCAACUACUUUAAAUACAAUAUUUCAUUUCUUUUCAUCAUAUUCAUUCUUACAUUCUGAAUCACUCCCGUAGAAGAUGCAAACAGUCAACUUAGUGUAUUCCAAGGUUAAUCUGUUCAUCCAGAAAAAUUUACAGCAAUUAUGUAGUACAGGUGGAUUUUUUUAUAUAAUCGGUGUAUGUAUGUACACAUAAAGGAAGAUAUUUGUUGUUAGUAAUUAUUUCGAUAAUUCAGGCUCAUUGCUCUUAUUGGUUAAAUUCCUUAUUUUUGUGCUUCUUCUAAAUGAAAAGUUAUUGCAAACAUUUCAUACAAAGAAACAUACGCACAAGACAAGACACUAUUCCUAUUCUCUUUUUUUUUUUUGGAAAGAACUUCUGUUCAAAUUACAGAAGGAGUGUGGGAGCUGACUUCUUUACUGUGAUGGCCUAUUAUUGGUUCAUAAAAAGGCUAUUAAAUAGUCAGUGUAAGAACUUACUCUGAGCAGUGCAAUAUGGUUAAAUUACAUAUGAAAUUAUGAAAAAAGCAAGUCAAAUCAGAAAGAUUAAAUACACUUGAAGGCAACAUAAAAGUAUUAUAUCUGCCAUUUCACAGAAAUUGUUGUGGAAAUGGUGCAUGAAGCUAGAAAGAACUUUGCUAACAAGGAUUCUUUGUACUCAUUGCUGUAAAUAUGUAUAUUAAAAUGAUGGAAACUCAAAAGGAGACUGAUGGUAUCUUUCAUAUUUUUAAAAUUUUCACUCUUAGGAGAUUUAAUAGAAUUAUGUUACUUGAAUUAAUUUUUGCUACAGAUUGGCUUUGUAACAGAUUUAUUGGUUUUGUCUGCUGACUUCAAUAGAUGAGAAGUGAUUGUUAAGGAAAAAUAAAGGUCAUACUCUGCUUCUGUCUUUUUGCUUA